AUGUCGAAUCAUCAAGAAGGGUGUUCCUCCAGAAUGGGCGGUGCAAAUCGGCGAUGUGAUUGCACUGAAGAUCUAACGGAAAACGAAAAGUUGUGGAAUGAUUUUGAGGGAUGUGCUCAAGCAGUUGCUCGACUCUAUUCUGAUUCUUCUUGGAGAAACUUCCGAGGAGCCGCUGAAGGAACGACGCAGUUAUACAAAACUGCAACUGACGGCUACCGUCGUGGAUUCGACAAGGGAUUCUCAUCGGGUUGUACGAGUAUUGCAAAAGAAAUAUUUCAAGCAUUUCGAGACCCGCAGAAAAUCGAUAUGAACAUAGUACUUGAGGUUCUAUACAGAAAUAUGGCCGUUCCGAGAGAAGAAAGACUCACAGUUGAUACGAAAGCUGGAUUUUCGGCUGAUACUCUGGCCGCUGUUGAGUUAUUCCAGCAGGCUCUCAACCAACAACCACCGUCGUUGAACUCGUUGAGCGUUCGUCCUCAUGCUCCCAGAGAGCGUCAAGAGUCUGAUGCGUUAGACGAGUUUCUUGCCAACCAGGUGCAACGUCAUCGGAAACGCCAAAGAUCUCCAAAUCAUUCAAUGUCUCCAACGUCGCAAAUGAAGCGGCAGCGUCGUCUCUGA